AUCUAGUAGUCUCCAAAUUCUCAUAUGAGGAGUUGCCAAAUGUUGACAGGGAAUAUAAUCACUCCGCCUCUGAACACCGCUGUGAACACAUCAAAAACUAAAACAGAAAAAUAUCCAAUGACAAACACCUUUUGGAAGUAAAUUAUUUUUGUUUUGGUGAUAUUUUUUACCUACCUAUACCUAUCCAACUGCUGCAAUCAACGGCUCCAAGAUGUGCUGCAAUCCCGGAGGCUGCUGCAACCUGCCCACCUGCAUCCAGUGCACCAACUUCUGCUUCAAUUGCUGGACUGGCACUGCCGCCGUGCCAUGUUGCCGUCGUAGCUGCAUUCCGGGAUGCUGUGGCAGUCCUCGUUGCUGUUGAUUAACAUAAACAUCUGCCUUCCACACAAAUUUCAAAUAAAAAUCCCUUUGGUUCGGUCUUAUCAGUAAAUAAAAGAAAAAUUUUUAUGUAGCACUCAAAAGAAAAGAACUG